CGGGAGUGCUGCAGUGCUGGGUUAAUGGGCUGCUGCUCUGGGUGGACAGGAAAGGGAGCUUCAGAGGGGAGCACCUAUGUGAUGUAUCCUUGCUCCAAGUGUGGCUCUUCUUUCACCUGGAUGUGCUUGGCUGGGGGCUGAGCUGUGCAGGUCCAACAUGGUGCUGUCUAUGGGCAGCCACUGAUGUGUCCUGUACUAAAUGGGGGAGCAGUGGGCAGCUCCCAUGCCGUGCUGAGGCAGGUGUCCACAUUAAAAGCUGACGCUGCUUUUUGGGUCAAAUUUCUGCUGUUCUGUGCUCUGCUGUCCUCCUCCUGCUGUUCCUCCCCAUGUAAGAAGAGUUGCAGCUGCUGUCCCUCGAGUGUCUGAAGCUCAAACCAAAGCUGCAGGUCUGCAGGUCUUUGCUCCUUGAGCUCUGCAAGCAUCAGUGAGCAGCAUUGGUGAAGUCACUGAUGCUUCAUGAGACUUUAUUGGUGAUGCAGGGACGUGGCCAUGAUUUGCUGCCUGCUUUUGUGCACUCACAGCCCUGACUGUCACUGAAGCACCGAAUCUCUGUGGCUGCACCAGCUCGUGGGCUGCCCCACUGCAAAUGGAAACAGUCCUCAUCGUGCUGCUAUCUGAGCACAGAGAUGGGGCCGGAGGUGGGUGGGUGAGAAGAGCAGCCGUGCUGGGAGCAUCGCUUUAGCUCCGUGCAUGGAAUUUGCUGGUCCGCCCACCCGGUGUGAGCUGAUCCAUCGCUCCCCCACCUGCUGCUGCUGCCCCACUGAUGGUGGAGGUGUGGGGCGCUCCUGCUUCCUCCCGUGUGGUCGCAGCUGUGCUUCAGCAGGGAGCGUAGCGGGCUGUGUUGCAUGGCAGCACGUUGCAUGGCAGCACGUUGCAUGGCAGCCCAGGGGCUGAAGGUGCUGGGGUUGUGUUUGUCACUCAGGUGAUGUCGGAUGUCACAGCUGUCCCCUUCCUUCUUCACUUUGGGACCAGCUCCCACCCCUCACAUGGGUCAGGUGCUCCUUUGGGUUACUCUGCUUGCUCCCAGCUGUAGGUCACAGCUCCGGCGCUCCUUAUGGGAUCCCCUUUAAGCUCAGAGCAGCACAACCUCUCCGUUGCUCAUGGUGCCAAGCUUUAUCACUCAACGUGGGCAGGUUUGGGUUCAGGUUUGUGCUGUAGCGAAGCCCCCAGCUCUCCAUGCUCCCGGUGAGGAAGGAGCGAGGGGUGUUGAUGCUUUGGGUUGUGCAGUUGAGUGGCUGGAGCGUGGCUGUCUCCUCCCCUUCCUGAGCUUCAGCCCCAGCCAGCGCAGCUCUGGAAUGACAGGCAUUCCUGCGCCAGGGGAGCUGGCAUGGGCGCCUAUUUAUGAGAAUCAAGUGCCUGGGGAACGGGGAGCGGGACCCGCGUGGCCCACGGGCCACCCUGUGGCUGCUUCUCCUCCGGCAGCUCCACUCACACCACAUUGGACCCCCCGGGUGUGCAGUGACCCAUUUGGAGGACCCCGCUGCUCUCCCAGGGUUUGGAUUCCUUCCUUUCUCUUCCCGCCGCCUCCCGGAGAGCGGCUUCAGAAGGGAUCCCAUGGGGCAGCCGCGCUUCUCCAGACCGGUCCAUCCAGCUGCUGUGGCUGAAGAGGUGGAUCACCCCCCGAGUGAUGCGGGUAUGGGGGUCGACGUGCUGGAAUCGGGUGACACCACACCUCCUACCAAGAGGAAAAGCAAGUUCUCGGGCUUCGGCAAGAUCUUCAAACCUUGGAAGUGGAGGAAAAAGAAAAGCAGUGAUAAAUUUAAAGAGACUUCAGAAGUUUUAGAACGAAAGAUUUCAAUGCGAAAGCCAAGAGAGGAGCUGGUAAAAAGAGGGGUUCUAUUGGAAGACCCUGAGCAGGAUGGUGAAGAGCCAGACAAGGUGAAUCCGUCUGCACUGAAGAAUGGCCACACGGUGCCCAUCGGUGGUCCUGGGGUCGGUAACCUGCACAGCCAGGAAGAGGAGGCCAUGAGGUCCUCCAGCCUUAGGAAGUCUGUUCUGGUUGAGGAACCGAAGAAAAGACAUGGUUCAUCCAGCAGCCAGCCUGGUUCUGAAUCAGAGCCUCCUCAGGAGCCACACGUUCCCCGCCAGCCUCUGCUUCCCCCCAAAAGACCUCCCUCCACUUCCCAGGAAGCAAAUGAACCGCAGGGAAAGGAUCCCCCACCUGCCAGCAGCACUGCAAAAACUGACCCCUCCACCGCAGCCCCCACUGUGACAAAGACUGUUAUUUCCACUGCUGCCCCCUCCCCAGCCCCCAGGACUCUGCCCCCUGUUCUCACCAGUACCAACACUACUGCUCCUACGAGUACAACCAGCACAGCCCCUGCCAAACAGCCUCCUGUCCCCCCACCCAAACCCACCAACAGGAACAGCAGCUCCGUGAUAGCGGAACUUUCUCAAGCAAUAAACAGUGGCACAGGCUUGUCCAAGCCUUCCCCUCCUCUCCCACCGAAGAGAGGCGUCCUGCCUACCAACCCACCGGAGGCUGCCCUCCCCUCCAAGCCCCCAGGUGACCGGACAGUGACAGCGAGCCGCCCCACACUGCUGCCGAUGCACAUGGCACCCACGUACCCACCUCCCUCUCCAUCCCCACCGCUGCCCACACACAUCCCUCCGGAGCCUCCACGCAUGGCCCUGCCCAACUCCACCCCUAUCUUGGAUGCCCCCCGCUCCCUGGAACUGCCCAAGGAGGCCCCCCCUCCUCCCAAAGACUUCAGGUCCCUGGAGGUGUCGAAGCGGACGGCAGAGCAAGGCUUUGGCGAACCUCCUGGGCUGCCCCGUCUGCCCCAAAUCCCUCUGCACAUCCGGAUCCAGCAGGCCCUGGCCAGUCCCCUGCCCGUCACCCCCCCUGCCGAGGGCUCCCACAGAGCUCACUCUCUGCUCUUUGAGAACGAUGGUUUCGGGGAAGACAACGGCACGCUGGGCAGGACGAGGUCCCUACCGGUCACCAUCGAGAUGCUGAAAGUUCCAGACGAUGAGGAAGACGAAGAGGAGGACCAGGAAGAGGAGCAGAAUUCAGGCCCACGUGUGUAUAUCGGGGACGCGCCAUCCAUCACCGUCAUCCCAAUGCUGGUGCCCCAGGUCCUGCCAGAGGAGCAGGAGGGAGAGGAAGGGAUGAGUGACUCUGACUCGGAGGGGCCCAUCCUGUACAAAGAUGAUGAGGAGGAUGAGGAAGAAGAUGAAAGCCAUAACAGCACGCUGGCUAACAAGGUGAAGAGGAAAGACACGCUAGCUAUGAAGCUGGGGAACACCACCACAGUGCAGGAAGAAAAGAUUGUCUUCCCUCGGAAAAGCAAAGAGGAGUGGAAUGAAAUUCGGCAGCAGAUCGGGACGACGCUGAUCAGGCGACUGAGUCAGAGACCCACAGCAGAAGAACUGGAGCAGAGGAACAUACUUCAGCCGAAAAACGAAGCUGACCGUCAGGCUGAGAAGAGAGAGAUCAAACGUAGGCUGACCAGAAAGCUUAGCCAAAGGCCUACAGUAGCAGAGCUGCAGGCCAGGAAGAUCCUGAGGUUCAACGAGUAUGUGGAAGUAACUGAUGCUCAAGACUAUGACCGGAGAGCAGAUAAGCCAUGGACAAAGCUUACACCUGCUGACAAGGCUGCCAUCCGGAAGGAGCUAAACGAGUUUAAGAGCUGUGAAAUGGAAGUCCAUGAGGAGAGCAAGCAGUUCACACGGUACCACCGACCAUAACCUUCCAAGAGGGAACAAGAGACCCAAGAUGCCUGGAAGUUCUCUGCAUCCCUCACCUGGGCAAUACAGCGAGGGCACAACCUCGACUCUUCCAAGAUUUGCCUUCAAAACGUAUCCAGCAAAGGGCUUUCAGCCAGGGAAGGGGGAUCCUGUCUGAAUGUAGCAUUUCACUGGAACAAACAAGUCUCGAGUGCCAUCAGGCUGGAACUGAACACUAUACCUCGUGCAGCUCAGCAAUAAGCCUCUCUUCUGGCUCCAGCAUCCCUGCCAGAAUGCACACACACAAGCAAAACGGUUCCUUCCCCAGCUUCCUGUGGUGCCAGGCCCAGUUCUCAGCUGCACAUAUUGUGAGCAACCCCUUUGUUUCUUCUUCCUUACCAAGAGGAGAAAAACCAGCUGGCAGCUCUGGUGCUGUUGAGCCAAGGAAUGGAGGGCAGAUGUACUAGGAGACACGUGUGUAGAGUUACUGGUGCAGACGCUGUCCUGGCAGACAACUGCCAUCAGCCUUGUUGUUUUCUGGCUUUGCUUCCGUCUGUUGUUACCUUUCAUGUCCUGAAUCACUACUGACCAACGGUUUGUUGUCCUGGAAGGGAAUUGUAUAGAAAUUAACAUAUGCUGCGUCUUUUUGGUUUCGUUUUGUAAAAAAAAACCCAGAAAAAUGAGCAAAAAAAAGAAAACACAGAGGUAUAAAACAUUCCCUCCCCACUCUCUCACGCUCGCUGUGAUGUCAAUGGAUCUCAUGGAGGUUAAUAGUGCUCAUAGAACCCAGAAAUGACUGUUGCCUUUAAGAACUCUUUGAUUUGGGGAAGCUGUGACAGCAGUCAGUGCUUUCCAUCGCAGCUUCCUCUCAGCUCUUUGGGUUAUUUUUUACUCUCCCAAAUCAGGGUUGAAUUUGCCUUGUCUCAUUUUAUUUUUGUUUUUACAAGCAAAAAACCUACUGGAAACUUGAUAUUGAUCACUGUGUGAGUGGGAGCUUUAAGAAGUGACCUUAAAUCGUUCAUACAAACUCACCUUAUGGCACUGAGCGUGAAGGGACGAUGGCAGCACUGUGGGAAGGCCUCACUGCGCCAAGGCCUGAGGUAGGCCGCGGCCCUCACAGCUUCCCCGUGUACAGAAUGGGCUGUAGACUACAAUCGCGUUGUAUAUCUGUCUCCUCAAACAGAUUUUAAUUAUUGAAUAAAAGUAUUUUAGGA